GUCAGUUUCUGUAGUCUAAAAUUCUCAGCUUUCAUAACAAUAAUAACACUCAGAAAAAAAAAAAAACAUUCGAGAGAGAACUUUAUCGACAUGCCGCCAUUUUGCUGUGGCGGCCGGCGCUGUGCCAAAGACUUGGAGAAGACGAACGCUGAAGGAGACGAUGCCACCGAGGAGCAGCAGGCGAAGGCGUCGCCGAUAACAGUGACCGAGGCGGAGAAGCCGCUGACCCUCAAGUUCUAUGCCCGCCAUGAUUGGCCCUAUUACCGCUGCACCGAUGAGGAGAUUAAGCGCAUGCGCGAAAAGUUUGACAAGAAGGGUCCCGAGAUAAAUGUACCGGACGCUGAUGGCAAUUUCAAGAAGUAUGAGCCGAAGCACUCGACACCGCAACCAGUGACAGAGAAUCAAAUAUACGGCUGGUAUCACAAUCGCGCCUUUCCGUACAAGGCCAAGGAUCGCGGAGUCUUCGUAUUUCCACGCGAAGCGGAUCCAUUGAUAAAGCUGAUUCUGGAAACCAAUUUGAUGGCUAAGCAAAAGUCGCAGACAUGAGUAGAUAUGAUUACCUGCAUUAAAUUAUGCCUAUGGCUAAUAUGAUGCAUAUAGACAUGUCUAUCUGGACAGCAUACUGAAGAACAUCUCGUUGUUAUUGAACUUUCAUUAUGGGACUACGACAGACAAAAAUAAAUGAACAAAAAUACGCCAUUUCUGUC